GGGCGCUGCCGCCGCUCUCCUCGCCGUCCGUCGGUCAGGCGGGACAGGAUAGGGCAGGGUGGGGGGCAGCUGGGUGUACAUUCAGACCCUCAGUACUUUGCUAUCGCACUGCCGGUGUUCCGGAGCCGCAGAAAGUUUCUGGCAACCCCUGCCGCCGGGAUUGGGCAAAGCCAGGACUGCGCCGCCCCCCGCCGGGAUAUGGAGCUGCUUUCGCCGCCGAUCCGCGACGUAGACUUGACGGGCCCCGACGGCUCUCUGUGCAACUUUGCAACAGCGGACGACUUCUAUGAUGACCCGUGUUUCGACUCCCCGGACCUGCGCUUCUUCGAGGACCUGGAUCCGCGCCUCGUGCACGUGGGCGCGCUCCUGAAGCCCGAGGAACACUCGCACUUCCCUGCGGCCGCGCACCCGGUGCCGGGCGCGCGCGAGGAUGAGCAUGUGCGCGCGCCCAGCGGGCACCACCAGGCGGGCCGCUGUCUACUGUGGGCCUGCAAGGCGUGCAAACGCAAGACCACUAACGCGGACCGCCGCAAGGCCGCUACCAUGCGCGAGCGGCGCCGCCUGAGCAAAGUCAACGAGGCCUUCGAGACGCUCAAGCGCUGCACGUCUAGCAACCCAAACCAGCGGCUGCCCAAGGUGGAGAUCCUGCGCAACGCCAUCCGCUACAUCGAAGGUCUGCAGGCGCUGCUUCGCGACCAGGACGCCGCGCCCCCUGGUGCUGCCGCUGCCUUUUACGCGCCUGGCCCUUUGCCCCCAGGCCGCGGCGGCGAGCACUACAGCGGCGACUCGGACGCGUCCAGCCCGCGCUCCAAUUGCUCCGACGGCAUGAUGGACUACAGCGGCCCCCCGAGCGGUGCCCGGCGGCGGAACUGCUACGAAGGCACCUACUACAGCGAGGCGCCCAACGAACCCCGGCCCGGGAAGAGUGCUGCGGUGUCGAGCCUCGACUGCCUGUCCAGCAUCGUGGAGCGCAUCUCCACCGAGAGCCCCGCCGCGCCCGCUCUUCUGCUGGCCGACGCGCCGCCGGCGUCGUCUCCAGGCCCGCAAGAGGCGGCCGCCGGGAGCGAGGUCGAGCGCGUCAGCCCCACCCCUUCCCCCGACACCGCCCCUCAGUGCCCAGCGGGCGCGAACCCCAACCCGAUCUACCAGGUGCUCUGAGGGGUUGGGCGGCCACUUCGGGGGGU